CAUACCUACUUACUCGUAUGUAGAAUAGUUAUUGUGAAUCGAGAGGUCGUCAUAACGGUGUAUGUGUGUAAUUUGAUAUUUUUCUUACAUAAUACUUGGAUAUUAAAGGGUAAUUGUAGUAGAGCAUGUCAUUCAGUCUUCGUAAAUAACUUGGUUUAUAAUAUAAAAUAUGAUUUCUUAUUUUUACUCGUUUUAUUGAUAGUAAAAAUAGUGCCUAAUUUUUGAAUAGAUAGGUAUGCGAAUUUGAACAAUUGGAGGAAGAUGACUGAUGAAAAAAUAGAAAAUGAAAUUAGCGAAUUUGCCAAGAAAUUACAGGAGAAUGAAAACGAGCCACUUCUUUCGAGAGAAAAAAAUCAACAAAUUCCGCGAAAUCUGAGCACACUGCAAAAGCUUUCGUUUGGUUUGGGACAUGUAAUAAAUGAUAUUUUAGGAGUGUUGUGGUUUUCGUACGCUUUGAUUUUCUUACAAAUCGUAGCUCGGAUUCCACCUACUAUUUCAGCACUUUUGAUGUUCUUAGGACAAUUCACGGAUGCAGCUGCAACACCUUUUAUUGGCAUACUGAUAGAUAAAUUCGGAAGUAAAAAGCGAUGGAACGCAGCUGGAGUAAUUUUAAUUGCUUCAAGUUUCCCGUUUAUAUUCCACAAUUGGAAUGACGCGUUAUGGUACAUGCCAUUUUAUUACAUUCUUCCUAUAAUCAUUUUUCAAAUAGGAUGGGCCACCGUUCAAAUAUCUCAUUUAUCAAUGAUUCCAGACAUGACAAUUUUUUUACAAGAAAGGGCCGAGCUCACAAGUUUACGAUACAUAAUUUUUGUUUGUUCAAAUAUUACAAUUUACAUCGUGGCGUACUUCAUAUUACAAGAAUCAAAAAUGGGCGCUCUAAUUGAACCAAGAGAUGGAUGGAAAUUUGAAGUAGUCGCUAUCAUUGCAGUUUCUAUCGGAGUGAUUUGUUCGAUAUUUUUCCAAUCCGCUCUGAAAGUUCCUCCGACGCAGAAAAAAUCAAAAUCCGCUUUCAAUACAGCUAUACAAACUUGGCGAAAAUUAUACGAGAUUUGCAGUUCUUCUAAAUUAUAUUUAGUCGCAUUUAUUCACACGACCAGCAGAUUAUUUCACUCGUUGAAUUUAACUUAUAUUCCUUUUCUAAUAAAUGAAACGAAUAUGAAAAAUUCUGGUAUUUUAGCUGGAGCCCCAUUCUUCAACUUCACAGCUGCUUUGUUAUCUUCGGUGAUCGUUAAUCUGCUAUCUAAGAAAUAUGUCAAUAAUAAGAUCAUGUUUACUGCUGGUACAACAUUCGCUCUUCUUAGCUGCGUCUGUGUGUAUUUAGAUCCCAGUAACUCGGAUGAUGCAGGCUAUAUUUACAGUGCUUCGGUAUUCUGCGGUAUUGGAAGCGCAAUGACUGUGAUAACGAGUCUUUGUAUAGCAGCGAAUUAUAUAGGAAAAGAUACCGAAUACGGCGCUUUUAUAUACGGACUCAUAACAUUUUCCGAUAAAAUCCUCACCGGCUUGAUUAUAUUCUCGAUUGAAAGUUUAAAAAGCUCAAAUAUUAUUUCUUCCGAACACUAUUAUAAGUUCGUGUUAACAUUCGUGAAUGCAACUUUAACAAUGCUGGGAUACAUUUUUCUACUUCUUUUGCCAUCAUCAGUUUGUUAUUCAACUUAAAACUCAAGUUUAAAAAAAGAAAAAAAGAACAAAUGUAAAUAAGUAAAAUAAAUGGUAAAUGAGAAAGUACAUACAAUUAUAAAAGUUGAAUAAUAAAAAUGAAAUGAUUAAAAUUACCUAAUCUCUAUUAUUAAGUUUCAGUGGAUUUUCCACAGGAAAUUUUGAAAAAUCAGUCGUUUCACAUUCGGUACGUUUGAAUAUUUUCAUAUCAAUAUCACUAUUGGGUGGUGGUAAAUAAAGCGCAACUGCGUCGAUCGAAGGACGCGAAAAAGAACUACUACUACAUUCUGGAUACGCAAAUUGCACCUCUCUGGCUUCUCGUCCAGUCUCGAUAUCUGAAUUAUUGCUGUUGUCUGAAGAUUUCAGCGAAAAGUGAUCGAUAUCCAAUAACGUGCAUAGCUAUAAUAAGGAAAUCUCGGUGUUAAAUUUCUUGAUUAAAUUAAUGUGUCAUAACGA